GUGAACCCUGGGACUUGUGAACAGGAGACAUGGAUAGCACAGGAGAGAGUGGGAUGGCCCGAGCUGCCCUCCAGCUCCUGACCCUUCUCUGGGCUGUGGCCGGAACCAGCACCCAGACCCGAAGCUCAUGCUCUGUUCCCUCUGCAGAGCAGCCCUUGGUUAAUGGCAUCCAGGUGCUCAUGGAGCACUCCGUGACCAGCUCAGCCUUCCCAAACCCCAGCAUCCUGAUUGCCAUGAACCUGGCCGGAGCCUACAACACAGAGGCCCAGGAGCUCCUGACUUACAAGCUCAUGGCCAGCAACACCUCCGACCUGACCACAGGUCAGCUCGCCCUCACCAUCAUGGCACUCACCUCCUCCUGCCGAGACCCUGGGAACAGAAUAGCCAUUCUACAGGAGCAAAUGGAGAACUGGGCACCUCCAAGCCUGGAUACCCAUGCUUCAACCUUCUAUGAGCCAAGUCUGGGAAUCCUGACGCUGUGCCAGAAUAACCCAGAGAAGACCUUACCGCUAGCAGCCCGUUUUGCCAAGACCCUGAUGGCCAAUUCCUCUCCCUUCAACAUGGACACAGGAGCAAUGGCAACCUUGGCCCUGACCUGCACGUACAACAAGAUCCCCGUAGGCUCAGAGGAAGGGUACAGAGCCCUGUUCGGUCAGGUACUGAGGAAUACUGUGGAGAAUAUCGGCAUGAGGAUCCAAGACAACGGAAUCAUUGGAAACAUCUAUAGCACUGGCCUCGCCAUGCAGGCUCUCUCUGUGACACCUGAGCGACCUAACAAGGAGUGGGACUGCCAGAAGACCAUGGAUACUGUACUUACUGAGAUUAAAGAGGGGAAAUUCCACAACCCCAUGGCCAUUGCCCAAAUCCUCCCUUCCCUGAAAGGCAAGACCUAUCUAGAUGUGCCCCAUGUGUCUUGCAGCCCUGGUCAUGAGGUGCCACCAACUCUACCCAACCCCCCCAGCCCUGUUCCCACCCCAGCAUCCAACAUCACCGUCAUAUACACCAUAAAUAACCAGCUGAGGGGCGUGGAGCUGCUCUUCAAUGAAACCAUCAAUGUUAGUGUGAAAAGAGGAUCCGUGCUACUUAUUGUCCUGGAGGAGGCACAGCGCAAAAACCCCAAGUUCAAAUUUGAAACGACAAUGACGUCCUGGGGACUGGUGGUCUCCUCUAUUAACAAUAUCGCUGAAAAUGUCAACCACAGGACAUACUGGCAGUUUCUGAGUGGCCAGACGCCCUUAAACGAAGGAGUUGCGGACUAUAUACCCUUCAACCACGAGCACAUCACAGCCAAUUUCACACAGUACUGACGAGGAGGGGGUUCGGCUUCUACGGAACAUCUCCACGGGAUGGCUGGAAUUUCUUUCAUAUCAUUUCAAAUCUAUGCCAAAGUGUGGAUACUUACAAUGCUACCAGAUUCCUGGUUGAAAUAUGGACACUGCUCUGUAAAAUAAAUGAGGUCAACUUCC